AUGGGAUGCCCCUCGGGGCACCAUUCGUCGAGCCGUGCCCCUCACCGCUGCCAACCUGGAUGCCCGCAGGCUGCCCCCUCGCUGACGCCCAUCCACCGAGCUGGGUACUGCUCCUUCUACGGCGAGUGCGGGCGCAACCCCGAGCGGAACACAUCGCUGGUGGCAUCCAAUGUGCCCUGCCUGGCAAACAGCCCUGCCCGGGCAGCCUCGGGGCAGCUGCUGGCACUGCUGCGCUCCGUCUGCCCCGAGCUGGUGCAGGAUGCCAACCAGACCACCUUCGUUUGCUGCAACCUGGCACAGCUUUACGCCCUCCAGCUAAGCGUGGCGCUCUCCGGCGCCGUCCUCUCCCGCUGCCCAUCCUGUGCCAGGAACUUUGCCAACCUUUACUGCCACAACACCUGCAGCCCCGACCAGAGCCUCUUCACCAACGUCAGCCGCAUCGUCAACCGCACCACGGCGCUGGGCACCCGCCAGCUGGCAGUGGUGGAGUACCAGGCUUACUACGGGCAGGAGUUCGCCGACGCCUCCUUCGCUUCGUGCCAAGGGGUCCGGCUGCCAGUCACCGGCGGCUAUGCCAUCGACACCAUGUGCGGCCGCUACGGUGCCCGCCUCUGUACCACCCAGCGCUGGUUGGACUUCCAGGGGGACGUCAACAACGGCCUGGCACCGCUGCAGAUCGACGUCCACCUGGUGCCCAACGGUACCCAGCUGCCAGAUGGCAUCGCGCCGCUCUCUCCGCCGGCUUGGAGCUGCGCCGAAGCUCCCAGCGCCGAGGACGAGCCUUGUUCCUGCCAGGAUUGUGCCCAGUCGUGCCCGCCCAUCCGUGCCCCCACCGACCCGCCGCCACCCUUCCGCCUGGGCGCCGCGGAUGGGGCAUUGGUGAUCUGUGCCCUGCUCUUUGCCAUCCUCUCCCUCACCUUCAUCUUCGCUCGGCUCUCCAAGCGCUGCGUGCCCAAGAAGCCUCCCGCCCCACGGCGGGCACCGGAGCGGCACAGCAGCUGCUGUGCCAGCUGCCUGACCGAUGCCCGCCACCACCGUUUGCUAGCCAGGGGGUUCCGCUGGUGGGGCACGCUGGUAGCCGGGCACCCCUUGGUGGUACUGCUGGUGACGGCGGUGGUGACAGGGGGGUUGGCAGCUGGCAUGGCCAACCUCCGGCUCACCACCGACCCGGUGGAGCUGUGGUCGGCGCCUGGCAGCCGUGCCAGGCAGGAGAAGGCAUUCUACGACCAACACUUCGGACCCUUCCUCCGUACCAACCAGGUGAUCGUGACGGCGCCCGGGCGGCUCGGUGCCAGCUACGAGUCGGUGCUGCUGGGUGCCAAGAACUUCAGCGGGGUGCUGGCAGAGGAGGUGCUGCUGGCACUGCUGGAGCUGCAGGAGCAGCUGGCGAACAUCAGCGUCGUGGCACCGACGGGCAAGGUGGUGGCGCUGAACGACGUCUGCUAUGCCCCCCUCAACCCCGAGGUGCCCACCCUGAGCGACUGCUGCGUCAACAGCCCCACGCAGUACUUCCAGAACAACCGCACCCACCUGGGCAUGGUGGCAGCUCAGACGGCUGGCAAAGAGACUGGCACCGCGGACUGGCGAGACCACCUCAUCUACUGCGUCAACUCCCCACUCUCCUUCAAGGACAUCACUGCGCUGGAGCUGAGCUGCAUGGCACAGUACGGGGGCCCUGUCUUCCCCUACAUCGCCUUCGGGGGGUACCCCGGCUCCGAGUACACCGAGGCCGAGGCUCUGAUCGUCACUUACUCGCUCAACAACUUCCCCCGCACCGACCCUCGGCACCAGUGGGCACUGAGCUGGGAGGAGAAGUUCCUGCAGGUGGUGCAGGACUUCCAGCGUGCCCACCCCGAGCUCUCCGUCAGCUACAUGGCAGAGCGCUCCCUGGAGGAUGAGAUCAACAGGACCACAGCUGAGGACAUCCCAAUCUUCACCAUCAGCUACCUCGUGGUCUUCAUCUACAUCGCCCUGGCACUGGGCGACUACACAGCCUGGCACCGCGUCCUGGUGGAGUCCAAGGUGACGUUGGCACUGGGGGGCAUCGUCGUGGUGGUUGGCGCCGUCUUCGCCUCCAUGGGCUUCCUGGCACUGCUGGGGCUGCCCUCGUCCCUCAUCAUCCUCGAGGUGGUGCCCUUCCUGGUGCUGGCAGUGGGUGCUGAUAACAUCUUCAUCUUCGUGCUGGAGUACCAGCAGCAGUCGCAGCGGGCACCGGGCGAGACGCGGGAGCAGCACAUCGGGCGGGUGCUGGCACAGGUGGCACCCAGCAUGCUGCUGUGCAGCCUCUCCGAGGCCAUCUGCUUCUUCCUGGGUGCCCUCUCCUCCAUGCCAGCUGUCCGCACCUUCGCCCUGACUGCCGCCGUCGCCAUCCUCUUCGACUUCCUGCUGCAGGUCUCCUGCUUCGUUGCCCUGGUGGCACUCGAUGCCCGGCGCCAGGAGGCUGCCCGCUACGACGUCUGCUGCUGCUGUGGGAGGAGCAAGGAGGGUGCCAGGGGGCCUGGUGCCCGCCUGCUGCACCCCCUGAUGCACAGGUUCUACACCCCCCUGCUGCUGCACCGCCUGGCACGGCCUGUGGUGGUGCUGCUCUUCCUCUUCCUCGCCUGCGCUGGCAUCUACCUGACCCUGCAGGUGUCAGUGGGGCUGGACCAGGAGCUCUCCAUGCCCACGGACUCGUACCUGCUGCAGUACUUCUCUGCCCUCAACCAGUACCUGGCCGUGGGGGUGCCAACCUACUUCGUCACCACAGAGGGCUACAACUUCUCCUCUGCAGAGGGCACCAAUGGCAUCUGCUCCAGCUCGGGCUGUGCCCCCAACUCCCUCACCCACACCAUCCAAUAUGCCAGUCGCUUCCCCAACGUGUCCUACCUUGCCAUCUCUGCCACCUCCUGGGUCGAUGACUUCCUGGACUGGCUCAACCCCACCGGGCGCUGCUGCCGCAUCCACACCAGUGGCAACCUCACCGGGCAGUUCUGCCCCUCCACCACCAAUGGCCUCGGCUGCUUGCGCCGCUGCCUGAAUGCCACCCGGCGCCCGACGGUGCCCGAGUUCCAGAAGUACCUGCCCUGGUUCCUGCACGACCGCCCCACCCUGCAGUGUGCCAAGGGAGGCCUGGGUGCCUACGACACGUCGGUGAGCAUGGAUGCCAAUGGCACCAUCCUGGCUACCCGCUUCAUGGCCUACCAGCGCCCGCUGCGCACCUCCCAGGAGUACACAGCUGCCCUCAGAGCUGCCAGGGCCCUGGCAGAGGAGAUCACCACCACCCUGCGCCAGGUGCCUGGCACCCACCCUGACUUCCAUGUCUUCCCCUACACGGUGACCUACGUCUACUACGAGCAGUACCUGACGGUGGUGCAGGAGGGGUUGGUGAUGCUGGCACUGUGCCUGGUGCCCACCUUCGUGGUCUCCUUCCUGCUGCUGGGCACAGACCUGCGCUCCAGCGCUGCCACCCUGAUCACCAUCGCCAUGAUCCUGGUGGACACCGUCGGUGCCAUGGCCCUGUGGGGCAUCCCCUACAACGCUGUGGCACUCAUCAACCUCGUGGCGGCUGUUGGCAUCUCAGUGGAGUUCGUGUCCCACAUCACCUGUGCCUUCACCCGCAGUGCCCAGCCCUGCCGCCUGGCACGGGCUGCAGACGCCACCACCAACAUGGGCAGCAAGGUGGUGUCCGGGGUGGCCCUGACCAGCCUGCCUGGCAUCGUGGUGCUGGCAUUUGCCAAGGCACAGCUGAUUCAGAUCUUCUUCUUCCGCCUCAACCUCAUCAUCACCCUGCUGGGGCUGGCACAUGGCCUCAUCUUCCUGCCCGUCCUGCUCAGCUACAUGGGUCCGAGCUCGAGGGUGGCAGCGAAGGAGCCACCGAGGGACCCGAAGGGGCAGCAGGGAACAGGGCUGGGCCUUGGCAAUCCUUGCUUCGAGGGCACGGAGAGGGGCACGGUGCCCGGGCAGGGCUGAGCCCUGCUGUGCCACUCCAGUGC